AUGGAGGGUUUGCCUCUCUCGGAGAUCCCAUCGACUCCGAUGUCCUGUGCUGACCCGGACCAGUACCAGUUCCCGUUUCCGGCAGAGGGGCCCAGUCAGGGCGGCAUGGUCACCUCUGCCCCUGCACAGAUGGGAGGCAUGGCUGGUGGGCUGCAACCUGCUCAGGCCAUGGGAGUUGUGUGUGGCCCUGCCAAACCUAUCUAUGUCGCCAUGGGCUUGGAGCGUGGUGAAGAUAUCGCUUCGGCGGAUAACUGUGGCGUCCGUUUGGAAGCGACUGCAGUCCGAGAGCUUCCUUUUGAUCCUAGCACACAACAUAUCAGAGAGUUGGAGGUGCCAGACGGUCACUUCCAUCCAGAAGUGUGGGCAACGUUGCAGGAAGUUCACCAUGAGGCCCUGGAAAGGUGGCACAAUGGUAUUCGCUUCAUGGUCUUCUUCGUCUUUGGCACCAUUUGCCGGCACUUUGCCCUGUGCGGCGCGCAAAGCAGGACCAACACCAAAGGCUGCGGCCGAACCAAUUGCCGCUGGCACCAUGGAAAAAGUCGAGAAGAUCUGCUGGCCUGGAUUCAUUAUGGUCCCCAGGGGCUGCAGAACUUCUUGUUGCAACAGGCCAUGCGUGCACGUCCCACCAUCGUUUUGAUGCCGGUGACCCUGGUGAGGAUCCCAUCCAAUCAGGCGCAGCUGUUCCCAGAUUCGGUGGAGAACAGCCAGGCGGAGGUGCAACAUGCUGGCCAGCCUGAGCAGAACGAGGAGGGAACCUUGGUCGAGCCGACUCCUUCAGCCCCUGCCGAUGCUGGAGAUGAUGGAGAGCACCAAGUGAUGCCCGCGGAUGGGCCCCACUAA